AGACGAGGGUUUUAUGUUUGUCUCCAAGAAUUGAAAAUUUGGACUUAUUUUCUGCACCCCCCUUUUCUUUCUUGUUCAAUAAUUGUCAAAACAAAAUCUUCACUGUCCCUACUGCUAUAUCCUUUGUUGCUAGAAUACACUUUGCCCCCUGCUCAUAACCCCAACACACACACUCACUAAAACACACGGAGAUAAUCAAGAAUGAUGGAGGGUGGCAACAACAAAGAGGAAGCAGGUCCAUCACGUGGCCUUAACCUUAAUGAAGACAAGAGAAAGGAGGAAUUAGAAGAGGGAGAUAGUGAGGAAGAAGAGCAUAAUCAAGAUCCUGCUGCUGAUAUUAUUACAACAAGUUAUGUACCUGGUCCUCUCCUUUCUCUCAAAGAUCAAAUUGAAAAGGACAAGGAGGAUGAGAGCUUGAGGAGGUGGAAAGAGAAGCUGCUUGGUUGCCUGGAAAGUGACUUAAAUGGGCAAAUGGAACCUGAAGUUAAGUUCCACUCAGUUGGAAUUCUUUCCUCUGACUUUGAGGAGAUAAAUACUCCAUUGCCUAUUAAAGAAGGCCAGAGAAAAUCUGUUCUCUUUACCCUCAAGGAGGGCUCAGAGUACCGGCUUAAGCUAACAUUUAGUGUUCUGCACAAUAUAGUUUCUGGCUUGGCUUACACAAAUACAGUAUGGAAGGCCGGUCUUCAAGUUGAUCAAAGUAAGGGAAUGCUGGGCACCUUUGCUCCUCAGCGAGAACCUUAUAUACAUAUGUUAGAAGAGGAGACCACUCCAUCAGGUGCACUUGCAAGAGGAACAUAUACAGCUAAACUUAAGUUUGUGGAUGAUGAUAAAAGAUGUUAUUUGGAGCUCAACUAUUCGUUUGAAAUAAGCAAGGGUAGGUAGCCAAGAUGUCUCAGCUCUUUCUGGCCUUCUUGGACUCUGGAUAUUCUGUUGAAAUGUACCUUUGUUUACUACUACUACUACUACAUAGCAAUAGCUUAGCAAAUGGAAUAUGAUUUACUUUUACAGUUGAUCUGUUGCUGCCUUGUAUGAGAUUUGGCUGCUUCUUAUGUUACUUGCUACUUACAGUCCUUUUAUUAUGAUUUACGGAUAUUGCAAAGGGCUUUUAAUUAUAAAUCUUGCUCGAGUAUAUUUGUCAAUA